AUGUCUGUCUUCCCAGGUGUUGAAGAAAUCUCUCCAGACUAUCUGGAAACCGCUUAUGACAAAAACAUCCCUCAAGAACACAUCUAUGGCUCAUUAAGACCUGAUCCUGAUAAUAUCAAACAUCAUGAUGUUAAUUCAUUAGCUACUGGUUGGUUAGCUGAAUUCAAUAAUGCAUUAGCAACAAUUAAGAAAGAUCCAUCUCAAUUGGAUAAGUUUUUAUUAUCCCAUACUGUUUGGAAAGAUCAUUUAUCUUUACAAAUGGAUCUACGUGAUUUUAUUGGUCCUGAAAAGAUUAAAGAAAUCUUGGUUGAAAAUAUUGACAAGAUUAAAAAUUUCCAAUUUGAUAAAUUGGCUGAUUAUCGUUCUCCAACUGGUGUUCAAUUGGUUAAAAUUCAUGAAGAAGGUUCAAAUGGUGAAGUUCCAAUUGAAUGGAUUCAAUUAUAUUUAAAAUAUGAAACUGAUUUCGGUAUUGGUCGUGGUUCAAUUAAAUUGGUUAGUGUUGAUUCUGAAGAUGCUCCAAUUGGUUUAAAAGCUCUAAGUAUUUUCACAAUUUUGGAUGAAUUUCAAGGAAUCCCAGAACGUGUUGGUAAAAAAAGACCACAAGGUACAAUCCACGGUGAAAAUGUUUCAAGAAAAACUUGGUUAGAAAAAAGAUUUGAAGAACAAGAUUAUAAUGGUGAUCAUCAACCAACUGCUGUUGUUGUUGGUGGUGGUCAAGGUGGAUUAACUAUUGCUGCAAGAUUGAAAACUUUUGGUUAUAAUGUUUUAAUUGUUGAAUCAAAUUUAAACAUUGGUGAUAAUUGGAGAAAACGUUAUAAAUUCUUAUCAUUACAUGAUCCUUUUUAUUAUCAUAAAUUACCUUAUAUCCAUUCAGAUACUUCACCAAUUUAUUCUUCAAAAGAUCAAUUUGCAAAUUUCUUGGAAUGUUAUGCUAAAAUGCUUGAAUUAAACAUUUGGACAAAUACAACUGUUAAUGGUGCUUCAUUUAAUGAUUCAACUAAAAAAUGGGAAGUUAUUGUUUCAAAUAAUUCUACAAAUGAUACCCGGAAAAUUUAUCCAUCCCAUUUAGUCUUUUGUACAGGUCAUUCAGGUGAACCAAACAUGCCAUCAUUCCCAAAUCAAUCCAAUUUCAAAGGUGAAAUUGUUCAUUCAUCAAAACAUACAUCUGGAGCAAAUUAUGUUGGUAAAAAUGCCCUAGUUGUUGGUGCUUGUAAUUCUGCUCAUGAUAUUUGUCAAGAUUUUUAUGAACAAGGUGUUAACGAAGUUACAAUGUUGCAACGUUCCUCCACUUGUGUCAUUUCAUCAGAUGAUGGUGUUCGUGUCAAUUGUGAAGGUGUUUUCGAUAAAGAUGGUCCUGAUAUCGAUACUGCUGAUUUAUUACUACAUGGUAAUCCAAUUUGGUUAACUAAUGCAAUUAUGCAACAACAAUAUCGUACUUCUUCCAAAUUGGAUGCAAGAUUAUUGAAAGGUUUAGCUGAAAAGGGAUUUAAAACAAAUGCUGGUAUGGGUGGUACUGGAUUAUUUGGGUUAUAUUAUCGCCGUGGUUCAGGUUAUUAUAUUGAUGUUGGUUGUUCAGAUUUAAUCAUCCAGGGCAAAGUUAAAGUUAAACAUGGUACAAUUAAAAAAUUCUUGGAACAUGGUGUUGAAUUAAAUGAUGGUACUAUUUUGGAUAAUUUAGAUAUUGUUGUUAUGGCUACUGGUUAUUCAAAUAUGAAGGAAACUGCAAGAAAAGUUUUCGGUGAUGAUGUUGGUGAUAAAUUGAAACCAAUUUGGGGAUUAGAUGAAGAAGGUGAAUUUAAAAGUAUUUGGAGAGAUUCUGGUCAUGAAAAUUUUUGGUUCCAUGGUGGUAAUUUAGCAAUGGCUAGAUAUUAUUCAAAAAGAUUGGCUUUGCAAAUUAUUGCUAAAGAGGAGGGUAUAGCUUGA